AUGUCCACCGCCGUCUGGCCGCCCAUUGAGGCUGCCCAACUCGCCGACGAGCAGACGGCGUCGCAGGCGCGCGAGCUCGAAUGGCUGCUGGUGCAGCUGCGCGAGACUCUGCAGGCACUCAAGGCGGGCCUCGAAGAAUGCGCCGCCCUGCUCGCGCCCUCUGAACACGGCUCGACGCUGGUGCUGUCUUCGGUGCGCUCCGAGAGCCUCAAGGGGCUGGUCACGCGUGUCGGCACGCGCAUCGUCAAGGGCAAUGUCAAGCUGCGCCUUGCGAGCCUCCCACCGCCGCGCGGCUCGCCCACGCACGACCUGGUCAUCUCGUCGGCGCCGCAUGCCCCGACGCUGGUUGUCCCCCAGCUCACGGCGGUGCGCACCGCCAUCAACAGCUGCCUGGAUGUCAUCGACGUGGCGGCCUGGGGCGGCGACGCGACCAAGGCCAGCUUCCUCGCCGGCCAGCUGCAGCUGCUGCACGACCACAUCCAAGAAGCCCGCCAGUCGCUCAAGGGCGCCGCGCAUGUCCAGCUGCCGUGGUGGGAGGCGCCCGUCGACGACAAGACCUUCGACCCGCCGUUGCCGGCCAACGUCUCGUUCCACCUGUUCGUCUUUGACGCUGCCCUCGUCGUCGAAGUCCGCACCCUCGAGCCGCAGCCGUCGGCCGACGAGUCCUUCUCAGGCUUCAGCAUCCGCGACCGGCUGACUGUCGCGCUGGGCGGCACCCGCACGCCUGCCCACGACGAAGCCGACCGCACCUUCAAGUACAAGGGCCAGAACGUGCGCGUCAAGGAGAAGAUCAGAGUCGAGAGCCAGGACCCGGCCCUGAUCUCAGCCUCUGCCAAGCUCAAUGCCCUCGAGCACAGCAUGAUGCUGAGCCGCAAUGCCCUCAAUAUCGUCAUGGGCGGCGAUGAGCAGCUCGACUGA